UCAAAGCAACAACAAUAACCACAUCACAGUUGACAGUUUGGAUCAACAUCAACAAUUGAUAUCGUUACCUGAAUCGGGUGGUGCAGCAAUUUUUCUCGAAAACGACCAUAACAGUUUGUCAACAACAGCGGCCGAGAAUACAAAUUUUGUGGCGAUACCAUUAUCGGAACGACCACCAAUAAUUUGUAUAGCACAGGACCAUCAUCAUCACCAUCAACAACAAAAUCAUCAUCAUCAGCAUAACGACAACUAUUCACAAAGUUUGACAGGUUCAGCGUCGUGUUUACUUCGCUUUCGUCGGUGUUGUGUAAAACUUUUUAGUAAAAUUAUGGGCAGCAACAAUCCAAGUGAAGUCGAUCGAUACGAAUACUAUGACUGUAAGUACGAAACCAUUAACUGUGUAAUAACUUUCAAGAAAACUAGCUGA